GUUGCCCCUGCUUUGGGUUCUCCCCCGGCCAUGCAAUUUUGGCGGCUGUGCGUGUAUCAUGGCGGAAUUUUCGAAAGAAUGCUGUGUGCCCAGUAAGAUGUCAUGGGAUGCGCUUGAAGCCUUGUGUCGCCUAGAGGGGCUUCACUGUAAAGAUUUAGGGAUAACCAAAGCUAACGUCAAUGAGUAUGAGGUGGAGUUCCUCUGUGACUACAAAAAGACUAAAAUGGAAGAAUUUUACCUGGUGAAAUGGAGAGGCUUUCCAGAGUCAGUCAACAGCUGGGAGCCCAAGAGGCACCUCAAAUGCUCCAAACUAAUGAAGCAGUUCCACCAGGACCUGGAUCAAGAACUGAGUCGCCAGAAAAUACGUUCCAUCCCCAAAAGGCUGGAUAGGGAAAUCUCAACAUUUAUAGUUCGAAAAGCCGAACUCCGUCAGAAACUGCAGAGCUGGGAGACUCAGUUGAACCUAACCUGCAACCACCCCGGUCGCAUCUUUGUCAUGAACGAUGUCGACUUUGAGGGUCCACCAAAGAACUUCACUUAUAUCAACAAUUACAAAGCAGGCCCGGGCAUCGUUUUUACUGAAAUGGCUGUGGGCUGUGAGUGCAAGAAUUGUCUCGAGGAGCCGGUGAACGGCUGCUGUCCUGGCGCGUCAUUGCAUCGGGUUGCUUACAAUGAACACGGCCAGGUCCGUAUAAGGCCAGGACAACCCAUUUAUGAGUGUAAUUCUCAGUGCCUCUGCAGCCCAGACUGCCCCAACAGGGUGGUGCAAAAAGGCAUUCAGUUUGACCUGGCUAUCUUUAAGACGGACAACGGUCGGGGAUGGGGAGUCCGCACGCUGCAACAUAUAAAGAAGAACUCAUUUGUAAUGGAGUACGUGGGAGAGAUCAUCACGUCAGAUGAAGCAGAGAAACGAGGUCACAUAUAUGACGGCGAAGGCUCCACAUACCUUUUUGACCUGGACUAUGUGGAGGAUGUAUACACGGUGGAUGCUGCUCACCAAGGCAACAUCUCUCACUUCGUCAAUCAUAGUUGUAACCCAAACAUGCAAGUAUUCAAUGUGUUUGUUGACAACAUUGAUGAGAGGCUCCCGAGAAUUGCUUUAUUCUCAACACGGGCCAUCCGGGCAGGAGAGGAGCUCACCUUUGACUACAAAAUGCAAAUUGAUCCAGUCGACACAGAAAGCUCUAAAAUGGAUUGCAGUUUCACCUUAGCUGGUGUCUCCAAUUCGCCAAAGAAGAGGAUGCGAGUGGAGUGUCGGUGUGGCGCAGACUCGUGUCGAAAAUACUUGUUCUGAUGAGGAACUGGUAUGACUGGGAAAACAAUGCAGCUCGCUGUACAAUAUUUUGAACAUUGUACAUAUUUGUUUCUUUCUUGAAAGCUCUCCAAACAUUGCUGGCAUUCAAACAUAAAUUUGGACAUAAGGUCUUUGUUUUAUACCUCAUCAGAAAUUGUUUAAAAAAAAACAAAAAACUUUAUUUGAAAUGUAUGUAUUUCUAAAGUGGUUUUAGCAUGGUCAAGCACAAAUUACAAAUUAAUGUCGUAAAUGCAUGCUAUACAAAGUUUAAUGUGAAGUGCCGCUGAAUGAGAGCAAGUCAAGUGUCAAAUUUGAGCCAAUUUAUUUUUUAUUUUUUGUACUUGUCCGGUUUAUUGUAAAUGAGGUAUGUUCACGCAGCUUUUUCUUUCACUCUUUCACUGCCGCAACCAAUGAUGGUGUUCUUUCAGUAUUCUGUCAAACCUAUGAAAAAUACCUGAUUCAGGUUCACUUUUGUCACUACAAGGUGGAUUCAUGCUGUGACUACGGUGAAGUGAAAUACACAAAUGUUUUUUUUAUCAGCUUUUAUAUUGUUUUUAGUUAAAUUGUUACAUUGUAUAUUUAAUCAUAGUGUUACAAAGUGUACAUAAAUUAACAUAAAUAAGAUGAAGUUUUUACAUGACGGUAUGAGGGGAGGGUGCGGUAAAAGUGAGUUAACAGCAAAUGUUUAGAAAAAGGAAGGAAA